AUGAACGAAGACCUGAAGGAAUUGAGUAACUACAAAUAUGAUGAAGAGGAGUCUGAUGGGAAUUCCAAAACCUCCGUCUCGGAGGAUGAUGAAGAAAUUGAAGAAGAAAUAGAUAUUUACCUGAACAAUAUUAACGAAAAUAACCUGAACAAUAUUAACACGUAUCUUAUCCAAUACCCCCUGAGACCAAAAUACAGACCAUACAAUUAUACAAACAAUAUACAGAAAAUAUAUACCUCUAAGAAUUAUAACAAAUUAAAACAAAUAAGAGGUAAAUGCAAUACGAAUGAAGAAACAUACGUUUUCGAAUACAAACUGAAUGAGUACAUGAACAUGAAGGAGGAGGAAGAUUGCCACGAAUCGAUUACUAUUUAUAGGGAUUCAGAGAAUGAUAGGAAUAUAAGCAGACUAAUCAGCACGAGUGUUAUAUGCGAAUAUAUAACAAAUUGCGUUUGCCUAUUUCAAUAUAAUGAAAUAAAGAAGAAGAAAGAAAUUUACAUGGUCCCUUUAAAACAUAUCUAUCAGUUUAAACCAUGGCAUGAUAACAUAAAAUUGGAUAUGGACGUGGAAGGGGGGAAAAGCAAAUCCAAUGAACCUGUUCAGACAAAUAAUAUAAAAGAAAAUUCUGAACCAGGGGAGAGUAAAUACCCAAGUGAAACCAACCAACCAGUUACUGCGGAACAUCAAUGGACAAGCAUUGUAAAUAUUUAUGAACCAGAUUCUCUGGAGGCUCAAGAAAUGUUGGAACUCUUCACCAAUAUCAGCAAGAGAAAUGAUAUUCUUAGUUGCAGGGCUGAUGAUGAUACGGGAGAUAGUUAUAACCUUGGGGGAGAGAAAAGCAACAUCACCACCAAAUUUAACAGUAGCGGUUUAAGAGAAAAUUAUAAUGAAGAACCCCUCCAAAUAAUGUUCCACAAUGAUGGACAGAUGUACCUAAAUCAUAUGUGUAAAAACGCCAAGGAAGACAACACCAGUCAUUUGCCAUCAGACGGAAAUCUAAACGAUCGUAAGUUCAAAGACAGCAGUAGACACAGUAACACUCUGUACAAAAGUGAAGAAGACGUGAGUACCAAUUUGAAUAUGCUGUAUUUCUUUUCGCUAAGUCUGGAUGAGCAAAUUUUAAAAAUAAUGAGAUUGAAAAAUGUUCAGAGGUUUGGUGAAAUUCAGAAAAUUAUAAAAAAAAAUAUCGAUCAGGAUAUUUUGCUAAACACUAUCCAGAAAUAUUGUGUCAACAUCCUAGGGUUAUGGGUCAUAAAAUCGAAAUAUUUAUAUAAAUUUCUAAAAGGAAAGGAACCGAAAAGUGAUAUUGAGAAGGAGAAAAUAAAAAAAAAUAUGGAAAGUUUCUCCUACAUGGAUUACAAAAUAAGAGUUCGUGAUUUAUUACUGGUAAUUAUAUUCAAGCAGGUGGAGCCCAUUCUACUGAAGCAUGUGUACAAUAUCAAGGUCGGGAAAAAGGGUCUUAAUGAUCAAAGGAGGAGAGGGGAAGAUGAUAAACGUAGCGAUGUGGAUAAUAAUAGCAACCUUUACAGAAACUCAGAUCCUGAUGCAGAUUCCAAAAAAAUCAAUUCUUCUACAUCUAUCCUGAUGGAAAACUUUGAAAAGGCCACCAAUCUACCUAACAAUGCACUUUCAGAAAUGUUCCAUCCUCUAUGCGAAUAUAAAUAUACAGGCUACUUUUUCAAGCACAAAAUGGAUGAAGAAUUUGUAAAUAAGAAUACCCAGUUAUGCCUAUCGAUUAAUGAAAAGUGGAAAAAGAAAAUGGUGAAAAUUGCGAAAAUUAUUCAAACUUAUAAAAAUAGCAAAAUAGUAAUUAAUGAUUACAAACUGGAUAUUAGGACAUUGGAAAAAAACAUCACAGAUGUGCUACAUAAUAAUUGCAUACCUUUUGAUGAUAUAUAUAAUAAGAUUAAAAAGGAUGCGAAAAAUACGAAUAUAGACUUACCAUUUUUUAUGAAGGCGCUAAAUAACAUCGCCCUUCAAAUUAACAAUAUGUGGUUUUUGCGAAUAGAGAAUCAGAGCGAGUUCAACAAAUGCAGGAACGCUGUUAUUAACAUUUUUCAAACGAACCAUAAUGCUGUUUUCUCAAAAAAUGAAAUCGUGAAGCGUGUUGAAAUGGCUAUUCAAUCCACCUUAACCAUUCCUGAUAUUUAUUUUAGGAACAUCUUAAAAGAGUUCUGCGUUCAGAGGAAUGGGGUGUAUUUUUUUAAGGGUAACGAUUCGCUCCGCGAGGGUGAGGCGGCUCGCUGCGGCUGA